AUGCCUGGCCAGGUGGUAGCGUCGCCGUACUUGGGCCUCGCGGGAUUAUUGGCAACCCUCCAUGUUUCAUUGAGAAACCCCAUCUCCCACUUUUCACCAUUCGAUGUCCAGUAUUUCCCAACCAUGACGGACUCGGAAAUAACAUAUAGAUCACUAGUACGUCCACUACUUAUCUCUCAAUCCUUCUUUUGCUCCCCCACUCUUGCUUCAUCCAUGCUUCACCCCUCAUGAGGCCGAUAUUAACAAACAGCGCACCCGCAUUUCUAGGCAGAGUCAUUGCUACAAGACAUGAUCAGGAACCAAAUCCGCACACAAACAUUGAUAAACUAUACAAACGAACGAGCGAUGCAGACGCAGACGGUACCGAGCGCCGAGACUGAUUCAGUGGUGAAACAACUCAAUGCAACGGACCCGACCAAGGAUAUAUUUGGCCAGGAUAAGUCCAAGCUUAAGGCUGCUGAAUCGUCACGAUAUUUCUCGUGCGAGAACUGCGGCAGGAAGAUUGCUGGUGGGAGAUUUGCUUCUCAUGUCAACAAGUGUUUGGAACGCAAGCGAAAAUAA